AUGUGGGCAUCGGUCGAUCGGUUCCUGAAUGUCGAGACACUCCCCUCCCGGUGCCAGUGGUACUUCCACAACGUCGACCACAAGCCAGAUCACGAGGCAAUUAGCUUCGUCCGUGCUUACGCCCCCAUCCUCGGCGAGUAUAAGUCCCUGCCCGAAGAGCCCUUCAUGGCCUUCCUCGAGGCCUUCAACGCCGCUUCCGAGACCUCGCGCGUCUACGACGCCAUCAACCUCGCGGCCUUUGUCGUCGGUCUCACCACCCCGCAGGUAAUAGGAACGCCCAUCAGCUUCGCUGUGUCGUUUGCCGCCGGCACCGCGCGCGAGAUGCAGCGUCGCUGGAAGACGAACUCCUUCCUUGACGACGCUAACGAACGUCUAUUCAAACCCCGCGGUCUAUACGUCUUGGUCCUGACCAACAAGCCCGGCUCCAAGGCCGAGCCAGUCGUGCAGGUUGACAUGGACAAGACGGCCGCGGCAAGAAAUGCGCAGGGCGAGGCGAGCGGCCAGAAAAGAGGACUUCGGUUUAAGGCCACGGAGGCGGGGACAUCUCGUGGCACGGCGUCAAUCCCGGAAGCAGCUCCGUUAAUCUAUCCAGCAGUAGAAGCAGAGGCUGCCAGCUACAAUAUGCAGUUAGACCAGCAGCCCAAGUUCACGUCAUACCGAGCCUAUAUAGGUGACUAUCUCGACCGCCGGCGUCAGGCUAAAUUCGCGAUACGAAAUCCAGACAAUCCCUUGGCCCAGUUGCCCGAGAAACCCUUUGCGUCCACAUUCGCGGACCCAACUCACCAAAUGUACCACCAUGGGCCCAUUAACAUGAUCACAGGUGGCCGUGUCGACUUGUGGAAAAGAAUGCGCGAGCAGAGGGUUGCGCUGGCAGAGAAGAAAGCGGGCCGCGAGCUCACAGAGACGGAGAAGCUGCGUGCAAGCUACGAGCGGGGUUUCAUAACACCAGCCGCUUUUGCACGGCGGCUCAUCAAUGAGAAUGUUUUGUAUCUUGUAAUAUGCAACGAACCGACGAAGGAACAGAUGGAGAUAGCCAGAGAUGCGAUGAGCAAAUCAGAAAAUGCAGAAGAGAACUAG